AUGGCUUCAAAGGUUACGGAGGUGGCUGCUCUGGGCCGACCUUUCACCUUAGGGAUGCUCUACGAUGCCCGGAGCGAUAAACUCAUCCCAGGUGUCACACUGUGGGAUGCUAAAACGCUGCAGGAGAAGUCAGUGGAGAAAAAUCAUCAUAGCAGUGAGUUUGAAGUCAGUGCGACUGAUUCCAUUGAAAAAAAGUCAUCACUGUUGGAUGUUGAUGUCUCACUGAAGGCCAGUUUCCUGGGUGGACUCAUUGAAGUUGGAGGAUCAGCCAAGUAUCUGAAUGAUAAGAAGAAUUCUGACAAUCAGAGUCGAGUCACCCUUCAGUACAAAGCUACCACCAAAUUCAAACAGCUGAUGUUGACUCCUGAUGAAACCAAAAACACCCAACAAGCAGAAAAUGUGAAGAAUUUGGCGACACAUGUAGUCACAGGAAUCCUUUAUGGAGCAAAUGCUUUCUUUGUGUUUGACAGUGAGAAGUUAGAUCCUAAAAACAUUCAGGACAUCAAGGGAACCAUGCAAACGGUGAUAAAGAAGAUCCCCUCAUUUAAUGUUGACGGGAAAGUUGACAUCAAGCUGAGUGAUGAAGAAAAGACUGUGACUGAUAAAUUCACCUGCAAGUUCUAUGGAGACUUCAUUCUUCAAAGCAACCCUGGAACAUUUGAAGAUGCAGUGAAGACAUACAUCCAACUUCCAAAACUACUGGGAGAAAACAGAGAAAACUGUGUUCCACUGAAGGUCACACUGAUGCCUCUGAAGAUUUUAAAUCCAGAAGCUGCUCAGAUGAUGACUGGUAUCAGUGUUGGACUUGUUAGAAAGGCUCAAGAUGCUCUGAAGGACCUCUAUAAUCUGGAAAUAAGCUGCAAUGAUCUGCUGGAGGACAGAGUGGGGAGAAGCUUUCCACAGGUACCAGAAAAAUUGAGCAGAUUCAAGAAGCUCUGUGAGUAUUUCAGAUCUUCACUCCAGGAAACAAUGGCCACGAAACUUCCCUCCAUCAGGGCAGGUGAGGAAGAUGAGCAGGAAUUAGUGAAAGUGUUUGAUGACAGAGACAAGUCACCGUUCAGUCAGGAGAGAUUAACCAAGUGGAUCAAAGAUGAAGAGAGAGAAGUCACCCUCAUCAGGUACUUUGUAGACAUGAUGGAGGGAACAAAGAUCAUCUCAGAUCAGUCUGAGCUGGACAGAGAGGUGUUUAAACCAGGAGUAGAGGAAGUUCUCUGCUUUGUUUUCACCUCCCUGAAAUCCACUGACCCAUAUCUGCAGAACAUGUCUGACUACUUGGAGAAAAAGAAACUGGAAGGUACUGAUGGUAACACUCCACCUACCCAGGACCAAUGGUACCGCUCAGAUGAAGUGAUAAAGCAGAUGACAGAAAAGGCCGAAGUUGUCCAUGACCUUGCCAAAGCUCUGAAGAAUGACAACCGAUUCUCUUUCCUGGUAGCAGCCAUUGCAAAUGACAAAUACAAAGGAGGAAGUAUCUACCACUACAGGAAGAACUUCCUGGUCACUGAUGAUUUCUCAAGACCUGAUGUCACUGAUGUGGAAAAGGUGACGGACAGAAGAGAUCUGAUCUGGUAUGCCUGUGAGCUCACCCUGGAUCCAAACACAGCCCACUUCAACCUCAUCCUGUCUGAAGGAAACAAGAAGGCCACAAGAGGAGAGAAGCAGUCGUAUCCUGACCAUCCUGAGAGAUUCGAUACUUUACAUAACAUCCUGUGCAGAGAAGCUCUGACGGGCCGCUGUUACUGGGAGAUAGAGUGGGCCACAAACAAAGGAGCGCAUGCUGCUGCUGCUGUUUGCUACAGAGGAAUACAGCGGAAAGGGGACGGUUAUCCAUCUGCGUUUGGGUGGAAUAACAUCUCCUGGUGCGUUGGCUUCAAAUGGGACCCAGAACCAACUUACUAUACUGGGCAGCAAAGUAAGGAGACCAAGUCAAAUACCAGUCCAACUCCUGGCUGCUCCCGACUGGGAGUGUUUCUGGACUGGCCUGCAGGGACUCUGUCCUACUAUGAAGUGUCAGCUGACAAACCGAGACACAUUCACACCUUCAAAACCAAAUUCUCUGAACCUGUUUACCCAGGAUUCUACUUAAAUAAAAACUCCUACAUGUCACUGUGUCUGUAA